AUGAUCUCACUACCGCGGUCCGCCAAGCUGGCCUUCGGCUUCGUCAUCAUCUUCUGCAUCUUUGCCUUCACUUUCCAGCUUCAGCCCUCCCUCUCUCGCGACAGGUUGAGUACACAGGAUGACCAGUAUAGUCGUGAACGUUUCCCACUGGAGAGGGCCACGGACCGUCCUUCAACUCCACUCUUCAAGGUCCCAGACAACCUCCAUCUCACUCAUGACGUGGCAAUCCCCCAGAAUAUCCCACCAUGGACACAGGAGGACACAGACAUGCUCGACACCACCAUUGGAUUCGAUAUGAAGACAAAGUUUAUCAAGGAAGAGUACGGAAAAGAGGAGACGAUCGACAACGCCGACAAGCUCAACUUUGCAGAGCUGGCGCGCGCCGAAAAGUUGUACAAGUCUCUCUGGAACCACGUCCACCCCACCUACCAAAAGCUUGCAGGACGCAACGACAGGGAUAAAGAAAAGGCGCUAAUCCAGCUGGCCAAGACUCAUCCCGAGAUUGAUUUCCUCUUGCGACUGGAGAGACGUCUGUUCCCUUGGGUUCAGUAUGUCCGUCAAUCGUCGUUCUCGCUCCACAGCACCUUCAAGGGCCGUGGGUUGGUCUUUUGUGCAGGCAACAACCAGUUCGAGUUCGUGGUGACCUCCAUCCAGGCUGUUCGCAAUCGCUUGAAGUCCACCCUUCCGAUCCAGGUCUUCCAUAUGGGCGAUGGCGACAUGUCCCCUGCUCGUCAGGACUAUCUGCGUCAGAUGGCGACCGAUGUUGAAAUCAUUGAUGUGACAAAAAUUCUGGACAACGAUUAUAUGCGCCUUGGUGGAUGGUCUAUCAAACCUUUUGCCAUGCUGGCUUCUUCUUUUGAGGAGGUCAUGUUUGUCGAUGCCGAUGCCUACUUUUUACAGGACCCAGCAGUGCUCUUCCAGGAUCCAGGAUAUUUGGCGACAGGAGCGUUGUUCUUUUACGACAGGACACUGUUCCCAGGCUGGACUGUUGGACCCGACUGGCUGAAAUCGAUCACGCCUAUCCUCUCCUCGUUCCCCCGCAUCUCGCGCAUGUUCAGAAUGAAGUCGGCCCACGAACAAGAGUCAGGAGUGGUCCUCAUCAACAAGAAGACACGAUUUUUGGGUUUGAUGGGCACGUGCAAGAUGAACGGCAAGUGGGAGCGCGACCUUGUCAGCUACAAGAUCUUCCACGGCGACAAGGAGACGUUCUGGAUUGGAUUUGAGAUGAUCCAGGAGCCCUACGUCUUUAUGCGCAACUACGGAGGCGUCAUUGGAGAGCUCCGUCCCGACAACGAAAACUCCGUUUGCGGAGCACAGUUGCAUCAGGAUUACCGCGGUCGCCCCCUGUGGUGGAACGGUGGACUUUACCGCAACAAGAACGCUGGCGUGAACCGGUACCUUCAGUUCGACUACUGGAUGACUGGAGGAGGAGACCAGAAGCAUCGCGAGAGGGACACAGACGAUCCCGUGGUUUUACAGAAGAUUCUGAAGGAGUUGGGAUUGUCGUCCAAGGAUCAGAUACCCAAGGAGCCCAAGGACGCGGACUGGGACUUUGGCGAGAGUUGUUUGGCAGGCGCUCGAGUCAACAUGCUCACGCAGCGGGAAAAGACGCUUGCCAAUGGCUUUGUCGGCAUUGACAAGGUCGCGCGUGAGGACAGCCGUAGGAUCAACAACGGCGAGGAGGUCAAACCUAGGGACCACAACUGGGAGACUGUUUAG